AUGCUAUCCGACGAAAGCACAGAAUGCUCAAGUUGGGUAAAGACACAGCUGAGAAGGCAAUGGGUGCAUAAAAUCAAACAAGAAAUCAAGCAAGAAGUCAAAGAAGAAUUUAAAGAUGAUAAUUCAACGGUGAAUAAUGCUACAGAAUUUGAUGAUGCUAGUAAUUAUAAUAGUAUUAUUUCUGAAAAUAGAAGUGGAACUCUGGAAGAAACACAAGUAUUUCCUGCUGCAUCGAGUACCCCCGCUAAGCCAGUGAGUGGUGAAAUAAAAUCAUAUUUAGCUAAAGUGUACAGAAGAAGUAAAGAUAUUGAUAUGAGAUAUGGUAUUCGUCGACGUUUUAAUGAUUUUUAUAUUGGUGAUUCUGAAAUAACUUUUGACGAUAAUGAGAUUAGAAUAAAAAAUAAAAAUUACUCUGUUACUCCUGGUUUAUUGGAAUUAUUAUUUGAAAAAUCGCCGGAUGAUUCAAAAGUCACGCAGAAUGAUAAAAAUAAAUAUCUCGAAAUUAUCAAAAUGACAAAUACUCAUAGAAAAAAUUAUAAACCAGAUGGUAGUUUUUAUGAAGACUCGACAAUCAAGUAUAAUAAUUAUAUUGCCGAUUUUCUCGAUAAAAAUGCAAACUUAUCAAGAGGUAAAGGAUUACCGAAUUUUAUGGUUGCGAAAAAGAAAAAAUCACAUAUGGAUUAUGUCUACUGGGAUGAUCCAAAUGAACUAGUUGACCGUCUGCGUUUACUCAUGGCAUCUCAAGCAGCUGGAAAUCCAAGUCACACCAAUGAAAUCAUAUCAAUUAUCGAAGAGCUACGAGAAGCGGGGAUUAUUUAUUAG